UCAUUCACUUUAUUGAUCUGAUUGCGUUAGCCCUCUGUCCUGGACACAGAUAUUUUCCUAGGCCUAUUUUCAUAGGUCAUUCUGUCUGAAGUUAUUUUCACGAUGCGAUUAUUUAUUUGUUUCAUUCGGAGCUUAUGCAUGAUUCUAUUUUUUCUCAGGGUUUUCAACACUGAAGGGACCCCGGAUACCAGGGGUUCAUCUAGAAGAACAAGAGAUGCAAGCACACCUCAGUCCAUUAACUGCAAGCUGGGCAGAUGGUCAUCUUGGAGCCCAUGUAACUCUUGCACAGACAAAACUUUUCGAGCUAGACGCUUGGAGAAGCCCUCACAGUUUGGGGGCGGUCAGUGCUAUGAGACGCUGUGGGAAAAACAAAGAUGUCCUGAUGCACAGGAGCCAUGUAUGGUGACAGACUACUGUGAAGACAAAUUUACAUGCACCAGUUCAGGCCGUUGUAUCAGUCAGUCUCUUCGCUGUAAUGAUGAGAGCGACUGUGGUGACAGUUCUGAUGAAAAUGAUUGUGCAGAAAGCCAUCCAAGAGAGGAUUAUUGUUCUUCUCUGCUGUCUAUCCCUGGAGCAAAGGAUGGCGUUCAAGGCUAUAACAUCUUAACAGAAGAAUUUGUAGACCCUAUACUUGACCCACAUUAUUUUGGUGAAUCAUGUGAAUAUGUCUACAAUGGAGAAUGGAACAAAUUUACAUAUGAUGCCUUAUGUGAGAAGCUGAGCUACAAUUCAGCAGAGAAAAACUUCAGGAAACCUUACAACUAUCAUACUUACCAAUUUGUGGCUGAGGCUACAUCUGAAGGAACUCAUGAGUACUACGAGGACAUAGCAAGUUUGUUGAGUGCGAGAAAAACUGAGAACUCUGCAAACGCUGGCUUUUCUGUGGGUGUCAUGUAUGUGGAAGUGGGUCUGUCUGCCAGUGUGGAAACUCAGUUUGUCAACAACAUUACACAGUAUAAGGGACAGGAGUUUGGAUUUGUUCGUCUUUUUUCUAAAAUACAAACAGCUCUUUUCAAGAUGAGGAGCAGCGGCUUGAUGCUUCACGAGGACAUGUUACUGGAUCUGAUGGCUCUGCCCGAGGUGUAUGAUUAUGGGAUGUACUCUCGAUUCAUUCACACCUAUGGAACCCAUUUCGUCACAGAGGGAACUAUGGGAGGAACACUUGAGAAUGUUGUGGUCAUCAACAAAACCAAAACUGAAAAAUCAAUCCUAAACAGCUAUUUGCUUGGAGGUUGCUUAGGUGCUUCCAUUGGCAUAGCUGCUCCCUUAAAAGGAAUGGGAGAAGUAGGUCUCAAAGUGGAUGGUCAAAAAUGUGGUAGAAUGGGAGAAGGUACAAGAGAAACUGACAGACAUUCAGUGGACAUUAAGGACAUCAUUUCUCUCGUGAAGGGGGGUGUCACAGUGUCAGCUGCGGGUGUUAUGGUCAUCAAGGAUCCUGACACAUACAGAAAGUGGGGUGCAACACUCAAAUACCAUCCAGUUCUUAUAGACUAUGAGGUCAUGCCCAUUUUUGAGCUGGUGCGUCGCAGUACCUCUGUUGACCAUGUGGGGCAGCGCUUGGCCAACCUUGAGAGGGGGUUUGAUGAGUACCUGCAGGAGUUUGACCCCUGUCGCUGUGCCCCCUGCCUUCACAGAGGAUUCCCCAUCCUGUCUGGAACCUCUUGUACCUGUGAAUGUAGAGCAGGCUAUGAAGGAGAGGCCUGUGAAAAGACUAAACGAACAGACAGAAGAACUGAUGGGGCUUGGUCAUGCUGGGGUCCAUGGACAGCUUGUUCAUCGGGCAGAAAAAUACGCUCUAGAACCUGCAACAACCCUCCCCCAAGUCAAGGCGGAGCCCGAUGUUUGGGCUCCUCCUCUCAGAGUCGAAUGUGUUAAA